UAAGUGCUUGGUAUGAAGCGUGAUACGUCGAAUGAUAUGUUGCUAUGGGCGAACAACUGUUCCAAUCGGUCAAAGUGCCAGACGGUGUCCUGUAGGAACGUUGAAACAAGUGUCGAUACGAUUCGGUUUGAUAUCGUUCGGGUCAGCAGGUAAGCAGAUUGGUGCUCGUCGGUAGCGGUUACCCUGGCUGGGCGGAAAAGUAUCCGGUGAUGUCUGGGCAAGUGAAUGAUAAAAGCAGACGAAUCUUGGUCCCCCUUGCGGUCCUGCCUUACGAAUCGUAGAGUCAUCGGUUUGGCGUAGGAUUUCGCUUUAGGGGUUGAGUUGCGGUCGAUGUUGGGAUUUUGCUUCGAGGUCGGCAUACGUAGCGUGUAGCAUUUUCGGUUGGGCCGCUGUGCGGCAGAUUCGGUAUCGAUUCGAUAAAUCGCUUAGGUGUCGGCAUCGGUAGCGACGAAGAAACGUGGCAAGGCGAUCAUUUUCCGUUGAUACUAAUCGUCGAGAGUUUUCGAUGGUUCGUGGUGAGGAAGUCGAUUGCGUACUGCCUCGUUGCGGUCCAUGGUGGCACGAGCAAAGAGACCGGCAGUUAAUGCCUCCUGACCGAAUAGGUAGUGGUCGGUAGGUUGUUCGAAAGCUAAUAGAAAGCUUGGGUGCCUGGCGCGGACUAAAAGGUAGUCGUCUUCGGCGGUCCGGAUGCGAGGUCGGUUAUCGGUCGGUUGCGAGGUACCGCAUGGUCGGCGGUCGGCGGCGGUUUCCCAUUGACGUUGGGGUAGCACAUCAUUUUUUAUCGCUGCAGAAUGUUCGCAGUUAGUCGUAAAAGGUUGGAUCUUACCUUAAUAGCACGAUGAUGAUGACGUAUGAUCGUUAUUGUGGUGACGGCGUGCGUAGUGGCGUCUGUCGUGAUUUUCGCUCAUUUUUACAAUUUUAUUUUUUCGUUUGCACUUGCCGAUCUUUCCUCUACGCAAUUAAUCACAAGACUGCCUGAACUCUUCCUGUCAGAUUCCGCAUGCCGCGUUUUUUUGUUUUCGCUCGCUUCUCUCUCGGUCUCUUUCCUUUUGUUUGGUCUCUCUCUCUCUCUCUCUCUCUCUCUCUCUCUCUCUCUCUCUCUCUCCGUCUUUCGCCUUAUUUCAAAUCUCUAUGCGCUGCCCGUUAGGUAAUACAGUUUCCUCCCGUCUCCUAUUUUCUGACCUUUCCGCGACGCUUGGAUAUUUAAUUCCUGCUAUACGCCUCUCAACUCCUACAUCUUUCCCCUUUCUUACUCUUCAAGUGUUUGCUUAAAAACUAUGUUUUUAAAAAUAGUGAAUGGUAUCUUAAGGAAUUUAUGUAAAUAGUAAAAAUAUCACUUUUGACGUUAUACGCAAUUUAAUUCUAGAAAUAAACGAUCUCCUAACCUAUGUGAUGUUGUACAUAACUGAAUCCUUGAAUCUAUCUGGUAUCCGCACGAGCCUUUUUGGUCUGUCUAGUUCUCUAACCUCCUUAUCUGUAUCUUUUAUUGGCAUAGAAGGCGUAAGCGAUUGUUCUUCCUCCGAGUCACGUUGAGAGUAGUGCCUGAAUCGAUCUACCUUCAGCUUAACGUCGUUAACUGUUAGAUGAUGGAAUGCAGCCAGCUGCUCGCGUGCUCUCUCUGCAGUAAGCCGCUCUUACUGCAGUUGACGAGCCGUGAGCGCCUGAGAGCGAUCGGUCGGGGUGGAUCGUUCGGCUGCUGCGCGAAGAGCAGAGGACACAUCGCAUCGGGGCAGCGCGGCGUACACAAGUUAGCAAUAAAGCAUCCGUUAAGUUCAUAACUGUAUUUAUGUUCGUGUGUGUAUUGUCCAUUCUCGCAUAUAUCACCUAACGGACGUAAAAGUGGCGACGAGGAUAAAGUUUUAUAAUAUACCGCUAGUUUGCGUGUUUAUAACCCAAUUUUAAGGUGUGCAUUUUAUCUCGUGUGUCAAUCGGGACCUUUUAACGUGUUCGUUUAUUCGUAUUGUGUGAUCGCGUAUCGUAUGUGCGUGUGUUAAAAUACCUUCACCGCGUCGGAAACGUCGAAGGAUGGAGACGGACGAAAUGAACUCUGGUGAGCUUUUUGGAGAUGCCGAUCAACGACGAUUGUCGCAAGGCCGUGUUCCCGUUCCUGUCCAAGCCGCGCAUCCAAGCGGCCUGCUGCAAGGAGUUUUCUCAACCCAGGAGCAGUAUAGUGGACGCCGGGAAGGAACUGCAUUCGCGCCGCCGCCAUCGCUGCCAGGUCCAGCGCCAUCGUUUUUCACUCCAGCGCCAUCGCAAGCGCCCGCGCCAUCGCAGGCGCCCGCGCCAUCGCAGGCGCCCGCGCCAUCGCAGGCGCCCGCGCCAUCGCAGGCGCAACGUCUGGAGCAGCAUGAUGACCCGAUGCUGAAAACGUUAAAUUUGCUUCAACAGCAAAUGGCCCAGCAACAGAAGAUUCUGAAUGAGUUUUUGCAGCAACGCCUUAUAAGUCACGGCGCUGCAACAACCAGUUUUAGUCAUGAACAAACAAUUGAUUCCUUGUCUCGAAAUAUUUCAGAGUUCCGGUUCGAUACGGACACGGGAAUCACGUUCAAAAACUGGUACUCACGCUACGUAGACUUGUUCCAGAAAGAUGCUGCUAGGAUCGACGAUGCUGCGAAAGUCCGGUUAUUGCUGCGGAAACUGGGAGCUGCCGAGCAUGACCGUUAUUUGAGUUUCAUCCUGCCAAGCCGCCCGUCCGAUUUUUCGCUCGAGCAAACGGUGGAAAAGCUGUCAACCCUCUACGACUACCAGGAAUCGCUGCUGAGUAAGCGAUUCAGAUGCCUGCAGUUAGUGAAGAAGCGGAACGAAGACCAUCCAAGUUAUGCCUGUCGAAUCAACAAGGCGGCCGUUGAAUUCAAGCUCGGCAAGCUCAACGAGGAGGACUUCAAGUGCUUGCUAUUCGUCUGUGGUAUGAAGGACGAGACUGAUACAGACAUACGAACGCGCUUGCUGGCAAAAAUAGAGGACCAUAGCAUGACGUUGCAACAGCUAGCCGCCGAAUGCAGUAGAUUGGGAAAUUUAAAAAAAGAUAGUGCGAUGAUCGAGACACCGGGAAAUGAUCGAGUUUUGGCAGUGAACCUGAAAACGCCCUACCCUCAGAAAAAGUUUCCAAAUGCCACAAAAGCGAAUCCCAGCAAACCAUGUUGGCUCUGCGGAGGUACACACUGGGUGCGUGACUGCAGAUAUCAAGCGCACCAGUGUACGAUCUGUUCCAGAACGGGACACAAAGAGGGUUUCUGCAAAACAGCAAAUCGCCAGAAGUAUAAUAAGCCGCAAUAUAAAAAGCAAGGCAAAACGCAGACCAGAGUAGUUACGGUGAACGUGCAUAGUGUUCAGAAACGCCGCAGAUAUGUCACUAUUGCAAUGAAUGGCACGCCCGUCCGUCUGCAGCUUGAUACGGCAUCUGACAUCACAGUCAUUGAUCGUGAAGCUUGGAAAAAGAUUGGCAGUCCGACAUUAUCACCACCAGCAGUGGUUGCACGAUCAGCUUCUGGCACUAAUUUGGCACUAGACGGGGAAUUUGUAUGCAAAGCCAGUGUAGGCAAUCAGACCAAAGAAGCUACAAUUACUGUUUCCCCGAUACGUUUAAUGCUUUUAGGUGCUGACCUCAUCGAUCUUUUUGCUCUUUGGUCUUUACCAAUAGAUAAUUUCUGCUGCCAAGUACAAGGUACUAAAUUCACGUCGCAAAGAACGUGGCAAGAACGUUUUCCUAAAGUAUUCCAAGGAACCGGACUUUGUAAGAAAGGAAACGUCUCUUUUGGUAUAAAAGAAAAUAGUCGCCCUGUGUUUCGCCCUAAACGACCAGUGGCUUACGCCGUACAAGAAGCAGUAGACCGAGAGCUAGAUCGACUUCAAGCCAUAGGAGUAAUAACUCCAGUGAAGUUUUCACAAUGGGCAGCACCGGUCGUUGUAGUAAAAAAAGCAAAUGGUGCCAUUCGCAUAUGUGGAGAUUACUCCACUGGCCUCAACGAUGCGCUACAGCCAAAUGAUUACCCGUUGCCUUUACCGGAUGACAUAUUUUCAAAGUUGGCCAAUUCAAUAAUUUUCAGCAAGAUAGACCUAACCGAUGCUUUUCUGCAAGUGGAAGUCGAGCCGCAGUACCUCCCACUGCUUACAAUAAAUACGCAUCGCGGGUUAUAUCAUUAUAACCGCCUUCCACCAGGAGUUAAGGUCGCUCAAGCUGCGUUCCAGAUGAUCAUGGACAAAAUGUUAGCCGGUCUAAAUAACGUUUCUGGAUACCUGGAUGACAUUAUAGUCGGGGGCACUUCAGAAAAAGAGCACGACGAGAUUUUAGCCAAAGUAUUCCAACGCAUUCAAGACUUUGGAUUCACGAUUCGUGUUGAUAAAUGCGCAUUUAAAAUGCAGCAAAUAACAUAUCUCGGACACGUAAUUGAUCGUCGUGGACUAAGGCCUGAUCCCGCAAAAAUCCAGGUUAUCAAAAAUCUUGUCACCGGCGGAUAUCAUGUUGGGAAGGCAAAUGCGCACAACUUUAAACCUGCUCCGUCCACCACAUCCUGAAUCCAUUAGUAUGGAAAACGAACCGAAACCAAGCAGACAGUUCCAACCCAACGAUCUAGUCUAUUUUAAACACUUCGCAGGUAACGGAUGGAGAUGGGUAGCUGGUACAAUUGUUAAGCAAAUAGGUCAUGUCAUGUAUAUGAUUGGAACGGAUGAUCAGAAAAUGUUUAGAUCUCAUAUUAACCAGAUACGCAAGCGCUACGAGAGGCAUCAUCACGUUCCGGCUUCGGUCACCCAUCGUAAACUGCCGAUAGAUGUUUUGUUGGAUACCUGGCAGCUAACACCGCAACCAUCUACUGGCACGUCCCGCAUACCACCACAGCCAGUCGAUCCCGAGCAUGUGGACAUCUCUGUGUCCCCUCAUCAGCCGUCAUCCGAGACCAACGGUCCUUAUGUUCCCGCUACAUCGCCAGCGACAUACACACGCCCGACGACACGACCUGUUCCAUCGUGUGCUUCGGCCCAGGUGCCAACCCAAGUAGCAACCGAAGCUUUUUUCUCCCAGUUUCAACCCCCUCAUGUCCACAAACUGCCUUCGCUUACUAUUCCUAUCCCGUUUCUACAUUCUACAACGUUUGUUGCGUUCUCGCUCAUCAGGGUGUUUGUCAAUUCUCUCUUGCCACACGAAGAGAAUUCUCCUGCACACUUCGUGUGUUGGAUUCUACCCAUCCCUGUUGAACACACGUCAUUUUCUUCCAUCGCACUCAUCAGGGUGUUUGCUCUUUUCCAUCCAAGCCAAAGAGCGACUUCAGUGUGCUCUGAACCGUGGAUGUGAGAGUGUGUGUUUGUGUGCUGCGUGAACUAUUUUUCCUGCGUGAAACACUUUCCAUACUGCGCCAUCCGCGGUGUUCUUUCUGCUUCAUCGGAGGACGAAUUUUUAUCAUCUAAUUGUUUGGUUUCAGAUGUGUGCUGCUACCGCUAGCUGUUCCUAAAACUACUUAAAAAGUGUGACACUGUCUGCACAGGCGUUAGAGUUUCAAUUGAUCCUCAAGCACAAAGCCUUCAUACAACACCGCGGUUGAGGCGCGCCAAAUCUGAUGACAUCUUUCCUGAACCAAGCAGGCUGAACACGCGCACCACCACGGGCUCCAGCGCGGUGUGAAGAGGGAAGAAGAAAAGGCAGAAUUGGAAACAGCCGCACCAGGCUUCCAACCACCGUGUGUGUGUAUGUAAGUAUGUGAGAACACAUGUGUGAAUCCUCUUGUGGGAACUGCAAAAAGAAGAGAAUAAAGAGUGUGAAGCAGCUAGACUGCCGCAACCAAA